GCAAUUUCACCGGAGUGAAUCAGAAAGAAGACGAAUCAUCCAAUUCACAUAUGGCCGGCAGUACCCAACCCCACGACGUCACCGUCCUCGACACAGUUCCGGUGGCGCCACCGUCUUAAUCCACCGAGGAAACCACUCUUCCUCUUACAUUCCUCGAUUUGGUCUGGUUAUCCCCACAGCCCCCUGUCCACGGCCUCGUCUUCUAUUCCCACUCUGUCUCAAGAACACACUUCCUACACACCCUAAUUCCCACCCUCAAAUCCUCCUUAUCCCGAGCCCUUCAACCCUACGCCCCCUUGGCCGGCAGAUUAAUUGUCUCACCCGACAACUCCGUCCUGCCGGAAAUCCGUUACGCUCCCGGAGACACCGUCCCGCUGGUCAUCGCCGUGUCGGAUUCAAGCGAACGCGUUUUCGAGCACCUCGUGUCGGAUGGUGUCAAAAGUUGCUCUCUUUUUCAUCCCCUCGUCCCCAGCUUACCCCCUGCUGCUUCAACAGAGUCUCCGGCCGCCGGAUUCUCACUCCCCUUGUUGGCCUUACAGGAAGACGAUCACAGAUCGGAAAGGACUGGGGAAAGUAUUCUGGGACAGCGUGAAGAGUGUAAAUUUCCGGGACACCCACCGGCAUUUACUCCCGUCGAUCACCGGCAAGGUGCGGGCCACGUUUACCCUGACUCCGGACCAAAUCAAGCAACUCAAGAAACGGAUCCUGGCUCGCCGGCCGGACCUCCCACACGUGUCGACGUUCACCGUGACAUGCUCGUACCUGUGGAUUUGCGUGGUACGAGCUCGACGCGAUGCCGGCGGCGGCGCGUGUAGCAGCGACGACGAGAACUUGCUCUUUGCUUGCCCGGCGGAUUGUCGGGCGCACUUGGAUCCGCCGCUGCCGGGGAACUACUUCGGCAACUGUCUGACGGGGUGUCAUGGUUACGCGAAGGUGGGGCAGAUCCUGGGAGAAGACGGGCUGGCAGAGGCGGCGGCCGUGAUCGGAGGCGGCAUACGCCGCCGGUUGUACAGCGGGGAAGAGGAUGGGCUGUUCAACGGAGCUGAGAAUUGGUUGAAGGGUUUCUCCGGCCUGAAACCCGAUCAGAUUCUUGGCGUGGCCUGGUCGUCUAAUUUUGACUAUUAUGGGCUGGAUUUUGGGUGGGGAAAAGGGAAGAAGUUUGAAAUGCCGUCCAUUGAUAUAACAGGGGCCAUCUCUAUCAGUGCUAGCCGCAUCGAAGAAGAAGAAGGUGGUGGAAGGGAAUUCGGCCUGGCUUUGACUCCCACCCGGAUGGAAGCUUUUGCCAGGAUUUUUGCCCAGGGUUUGAUUAAUACACAGUAGAAAAGUGUAAGAAUUUAGUUGAUGAUGAAGAAGAGGAAGAGCAGAUGGGUGAUUGUGUGUGUUUUUACUCUCAUUUCCUUGACUGAAAUUUGGAAUAAAUACUACUCCGUAUUAAAACAUGUCAUUUUUUAAUGUAGUACAAUUUUUUUAAUCACUAGAUAGUCUUGAAUAAAUGUUUAGUGGCGGA